GGGAAGCAGCAUGGUAAUAAGAUAACAGCGUGGGGUGAAAGCAGAGUGAGAGAUGGAAGGUUGGGACCCGAACACGAAGUCGACUUUGACACAGAUCCCAUUGCUGACGAGGAAGGCGGGUCCACGUGACGGCGCGGCAUGGACGCAGAGGCUGAAGGAGGAGUACAAGUCUCUCAUUGCCUACACACAGAUGAACAAAUCCAACGACAACGAUUGGUUCCGCAUCUCCGCCGCCAACCCCCAAGGCACUCGUUGGACCGGUAAAUGCUGGUACGUCUACAACCUCCUCAAGUACGAAUUCGACCUUCAAUUCGAUAUCCCCGUCACUUACCCUUCCACCGCUCCCGAACUCGAACUCCCUCAAUUGGAUGGAAAGACCCAAAAGAUGUAUAGGGGUGGAAAGAUCUGCUUGACCGUGCACUUCAAGCCUCUCUGGGCCAAAAAUUGUCCCAGAUUUGGUAUUGCACACGCACUUUGCUUAGGCCUUGCACCGUGGCUUGCAGCCGAGGUUCCCAUUCUUGUGGAUUCUGGUAUGAUCAAGCACAAAGAUGACACCGCAACCACAUCAACUGAAUCUUAGUUAUCCUAUGUCUCAGUGAAACUGUAAAAGUAGAACUCAGGUUUUUUUGUUGCCUAAUUGGUCAUAAGAAAUAAAAUGAUGAGCCGUAUGACCAUAAAUUUACAGGAUCUUCCUUAUGUAUCUGCAGAUAUUGACAUAUCCUGGCAAAUUAAUAUAUUGCACAUGCAGCAUGGCUAUGAAUAUCUUUUUUUAUCUUAA